AUGAUUCAAAGUGCCAUGGAUGAAGCUAAUAAAUUAAUUGAGCAACAAGAAUUAGCAAAGACGUUGACCCAAACAUCAGAACAUCUGGAAAAUGCUGAUCCUCUUGAUGCAUUACAAGUUAUAAAAGAUGUUCAAGAUUUAAUUGAAAAGGUCUGUGAAAAAAAAGACGAUAUUGACAUAGAUCAAUCUAUCAAAAAUUUCAAUACUGAUCAAUUGAGAAUAUUUAAUACAAUUACGUCUGCAAUAUCAUCUGGAAAUAAAGUAAUAAGAAUGUUUGUUAGCGGAUUUGGAGGUACUGGUAAAAGUUACCUAAUUGAAAACUUGGUUUUAUGGAACAAACUAAAGAGAAACAAAAACACCGCUGUUGCUGUUCCAACUGGUAUUGCAGCAUUUAAUAUCCAGGGACUGACAAUCCACAGAUUAUUACAAUUACCUGUAGAGCAAGGAGGCACGGCAAAAUAUAAACCUUUAUCCGAUAAUGCGUUGAAAAGAUUACGACAAAGUUUAAAGGAUGUUGACUUUAUUAUCAUUGAUGAAAUUUCGAUGAUAUCAAAUAUAACCCUUAUGUAUAUUCACUUACGUCUGGCAGAGAUUUUUUUUACAUCGGACAAAGAAGACGGUUGGUUUGGUAAAAUAAAUAUUGUAGUAUGUGGUGAUUUAUUGCAACUACCACCUGUGCGAGAAGAUUUUGCUUUCAUUGCACUAACAAGAUCGCAAAUUGAAAAAUAUAUUAAAGGCAUGUUGUCAUUUAAUUUAUGGACUUUGUUCGAAUAUGAGGAAUUGACUAUAAAUAUGAGACAGAAACAUGAUAAAGUUUACUCAGAAAUUUUAGGUAAAUUGAGAUUGGGUUAUUUAGCCAACUCUGAUAUAGAAACAUUGCAACAGAGAAAAAUUCCUUUUUCCAGUGAUACUCCUUCAAUUUCUCUUCAUGAACUGUGCGAAUAUUUGAAUAAUUUGUCGAAUAAUACAGUUUGUUUGAUGCCGACUAAAGAUAUGUGUUCAAUACUUAAUAAUACCAUGUUGGAAAAGCUGGAGGCAGAAGAGAUAAAGUUAAUUGCCAAUGAUUGUUACAAAUGCCCCAAAAGAUUAGAAAAAAAGGUUUUGAAAAUUUUAAAUCAAGACGAUGACAACGCAUGCGGUAUUUCUCGAGUGAUCACAAUAAAAAUAGGCUGCAAAAUUAUGAUACGAAGGAAUAUCGAUGUGUCUAUCGGAUUAGUUAAUGGAACUAUAGCAACAGUUAUUGCAGUGAGCAAAGGAAAAACAGGUAUAGAUAGCGUUACCAUUAAACUUCAAUCGAAUCAAGAGUAUUCUAUCAAACGAUUAGAAUAUCAAUUCCAAAUAAUGGAUCAAGUAUUCAUUACUAGAGAACAAUUUCCUUUUUGUCUCAGUUAUGCUAUCACUAUUCAUAAAAGUCAAGGUUUAAGUUUAGAAAAUGCUGUUGUAGAAGCAGGAAAUAAAAUUUUUAGUUGUGGUCAAACAUAUGUAGCUUUAUCCAGGAUUACUAAAUUAGAAGGUUUACAUUUAAUUAAUUUCGAUCCUUCUAGUAUCAAAGCUAACGAGUCAGCUUUAAGAGAAUAUAAUAGAUUGAGAAAAGAACAUCGCCCAGAUCUUGAUACUUAUAAUAUACCAGACACGGAUCCAUAUAAAAAUAACAAGAUAUUUGACAGUGUAUGGUCUGUUUUGUGUCAUGCACUGCAGGUUCAAGCCGAUAAUCGUAAUAAUAUUCUUGAACGUCCAUUGACUGACUUUAUCCAACCAUUAAAAGAUAAAAAUAGCUUAUCGUAUGCAAAAUCAUGUAUACAAAGUCUUUUUCACUGUCAACUUAUCAGAAAAUGUUUGCUUGAAUGUAAGCAGCAAGACAUCCUUUUACAAAUAUUUAACAAAUAUAUAUCAAAAACAUCAGUUGAUUUGGUUCCACUUGCAAAUUAUCUGAACACUGAAUAUUUACUACUUAUUCAAAAAGAUGCUGCAGAUUAUUUAUUAGAUAUUUGCACAAAAUUUGAAAUAAUACGCAAACUUACUGAGCAUGAACUAACAAUUGGAAUAGAUGCCCGGGAUAUGAUUUUAGACCUGAUCCUAUUAUAA